AUGACUGAUAUUCAUGAAUAUUCUGGGGACAAUCCUUUGACUAUCUUAAAGGCCAGGAUAGCCCUGUUAGCCACUGCUAUUGGUGGACCGGACUACACGUCUCAUCUGGAGCCACCUCCAUAUAAACUUGGUGAUGACUGUUUAGCAUGUUUGCGGGAUUUGAAAAGAUGGUUCAAGCUGGUCGAUGAUCAACAGAAUAGGUGGGAUGUCGCUAUGGCUUGUGCGGAAUAUUGCAUUUUGAUCGAUGACUUACUGCCGAUACUUAUAGAUUGGGAAAACAAGUGUUCACUCGCUGCAAAACUAGCCAGAAAAGGUCAAUCCCAAGAUUUCAAAUCAUCUGCAGUUAGAAACAAGGAAUAUCAUGAUAGCAUAGCUUUAAAUUGCUUACAGUUGAUCGUACUGAUGACAUGGCCACUGAUCUUGACCGAACAAUCUCCUGCUCACCAGGUCUCACUUUAUACUGAUCUGAAAAAACAUCAGCUUUCUUACAAGAGGCAUAUACUUACGUCAGAGAAUGGAAAGGCUUUGAAGGCUGCUAACAGACUUGCAUUCAACAUAUUACAGAUCGAUAAAUUAGAAAGAACACCAAGAGAUAAUAUGAUUCUCCGACUAGUGCUUAAUUUCUUUAGGAAUUUGCUAGCGAUUGAACCUGGUGAGCUCACUAUCUCAUCGAAACAGCAUUCAUCGACACGAGGAAUCAACACCACGGAUAUGUUGCCUCCCGGUGUGUCAAUGGACGACAUCAGUCACAAUGCUGUCGUGUCAGCAUUUCAACGCAAUAAGGUUCUAGCACUAUUGCUGACACUAGCAAGUUCUUCUUCCAGCGAAUUUGAUCAAGAAUUCAUCACGAUUCCUUUAAUGGAGGUUAUGUUUUACAUGGUAAAAGAAAUUGAUCCAAAAGCGCUUAUCCGUAAUGAUCCCCAAAAAUGUGGGCCAGAUACAUCAAAAGAAGAGCACUAUAGUCCGGUAGGCCUGCAACUCACUGAGCUUUUGGAAAAAGAGCGUAGACUAAAGAAAAUUGUUGUACAAAAUACAUCAACUAGGCAUUCGAGGUUUGGCGCACUGCUUUCCAUACAGACGGCCGAUCACAAGCGCUUGACCGUCUCCGGUGGUCAAAACUUACUCGAUGACACUUCUGCAUUGAGGAAACUCGACAAUAGUAAGAAGUGGAGUAAGAGACUACCUAUUAAGCAAGAUGAGGCAUCUAAUAAGGGUUUGCCAAAUAGCUUGCUGAAUUCCCAAGGAAAAUCUUUCCAUUUUCGCAAGGAGACUCUGAAACAUUUCAUAAAAUUCAUAGAAAACUUCCUUGAAUCUGGUUUUAACCCUUUACUUCAUCGUAUUACCAACCAUUUUACAACUGAGCAAGAUCAAAUGGUAAUACUUGAGCAGAUACAGUAUCUCUUUUAUUAUUCCUGGUUUUUGAGAUAUUAUCGCGAGGUAUACGGUAAGCACAACGAAAGUGAUGAUGCUCCUGUUUCAAUGGCAGUGAAAGAGACUUCUUUUAUCCUUGUUUCUUCGCUUCUCAGAAAAGGUUAUGAGGAGAAGAAUUGGGCCGUUGCCCACGCCGGAAUGAUUGCAUUCAAUGAGCUUCUGCUGCUGAUUAACAACCCGGCAUUCAAAGAAUCCGAAGACGUUGAAUUCAUUUUAUCCAGGCUACUCAGUGAUAACCGUCUUCAACUUCUAGCAAAUCUGCCAAAAAGUGCGCUGAAGCAUUCAAUGCCCUUCAUAAGAAGCAGUAUUCAUCUCACGCAUACAGCUCUAAAAACUUUCGAAGCAUAUGACGAUGAUGCAAACAUAAUGGUAUCAAAGAAAACUAAGAGUCGGGACAAUGACAAUACUUCACAAGCUGAUAUAGAGAAUUUGAUGGAGUCCGAACAGAUAGAUAGGGAUGAAGCCAUCGAGAUAUUGACCUCCAAUAUCAAGGACUAUUCAAUUAAUUUCCAAAAAGUACAAAGAUACUAUAUGAAUGAACCCAUGAUUGACACUUAUAUCAGUUUCCUACAGAGGUAUAUGGAACUAGAGGAUGAAGAUUUGAAGAAGGGUAUACAUUUUCUUCACAGAGUUCUGACUCUGGAUACAGAGCAAUCUCUUCUAUUCAGAAUAGACUUGAUAGUGCUACUUCGAGAUAUGCUCUCAUCCGAAGGAGUCCCUAGAACAAGUCCGGUCAGGAAGCAUAUAGAGAAACUUUCCGACUAUUAUCUUCACAAAAUCAAGAAAAAGCUCAAGAGUUCUCCUGCUUGGUUUGUAGGAAUUCUCUUCCCUCUUCUGCAUGAUAGUGAGGUAGGCUUCUUCCAAAAAUAUGGUGAAGCAAAGAUAAUUAAAAAGAAUGCAUUUUAUGCUGUACCGCCGAGCAGAUUCAAACGAAUUGAGGACGAAGAACAACUUCCAGAUUUACAUGUCGUGGCAAUGCAUUAUGGGAUUGUCGUCUCCGCCCUUUUGGAUGAGGGAAAACAAGAUUUGGUCGAUCAGCUAGUUGAACAUCUGAAAGUUAUUUUAUCCAAUGUUCAACCCACAAGCACCAUCCUUCGGGAUGAGGAGCGAUUGCCACGAAGUGCCAUGGAGCUAUCGUUGCGCGAAGACAUAGAGAAAGACUCUUUGUUCUUUGAUAAAGAUUUUAGAGCAAUUCUGAAGCUUGUAGGGUAUCACUUACCUUUGACUGUUAAGGAGAGCUGCUAUCUACCAGCUGAAAUUGAGAUAGCCAAACUAAAAGAGUCGCUUAACCACAUAACAAAAUACUUGACCACCCCAUUUGAAACACCAAACGGGUUGCCUUCGUCAUCUUAUUUGAUAAGACCCAAAGCCGAUCGGAACAUUGGCCAAGAAGAGCAAGAUGGUUGGGUCAGUAAUGAAGAUUACGAACUUAAUGAGCCCGGAAUUGUUAACGAUGAUGAUGAGGACGCUUUAGCGGAUGAUAAUGGCUACUUUAACGAGUUGUUGGGAGAUACCUACAAUAAGUCGAAUGAAAGCAAUCUGGCAAGAGGGAUGGCAAAGACCAAGAAGAAAAGUAAGGAUAAAAAGAAGAAACCCAAAAAGCGUUCACGGAACACUUUACCGACAUUCGAAGUAGGUGAUAAUCAUGUAAAGCAUGAUCGAGCUCUGGUUUCAAGCAAAGAGAUCAUCAGUGAUUCUGAGGAUGAAGAUGUAGUAAACCCAGUAUUCUUCGAAAAUGAGAUGUAUAUGAGAUUCCUGCUUGAUAAGUUUGGCGGUCAACUACCUGAUGAAAAGUACAGCAGAUUUGGUAAGUUUGCCGCUGAAAGAAUGGCAAAUAAUGGUGACAUUAAUAGUGACUUCACGGAUUUAUUUGGUGGUCCCGUACCCCAAAUUUCGAGUCUUCAACAAGUUGAUGCAAGUAGCACUGGCCCUGGAAAAACAUUGAUCUCUUUAUCAGAUCGUAUUUCUGCACAAAUAGAAGCUGAUCCCGACAGCCAGACCGAUAUUAAUGAUGAUGAACAAUCAAUAAAAAUACGUGAUACCAUAAAUGGUUUUGGAUCACCCACUGGUGAGGAGAACAUGAGCCAAAAGUACACUUCAGCCGGCGAACUGCCAGUAGAGGACGAUUCUUCUGUGGAUUUGAAUGAUGAGCAGGAUGCCGGCGACUUCGUUGUCAAAAAGAGGAGAAAAGUAUUUGUGGAAGAUGACGAUGAAUGA